AUGCUGCCUCCGGUUAUGCGACGAUCAGGCAUCGUCGUAAUAGCUAUUUUUCUUACAACAACGGUGGCUUUUUCUCAUGUUAGUCGUGAAUACUAUGAUUAUCAGGAUAGUGUCGACGAUGAGGAUAACGAACCAUUUUCAGUAGGCUAUAAUGGAGGUGGAUAUUCUCAGAGAGAUCAAGAAUCUCUAAACAUGUGGGUGCCAAGUGGUGAUUCUGAAAUUGACCAAAAUUUUAAGCCCACCAUGGUAGAUACUUACGAAAAGUUUAAGCGUCAAGCAGAGAAAACUGUCGUACCAGGAGAUGAGACAAUGGAUUUAACGGAAGGUGGUUCUCCUUUCUCACGACUAGGCUCAAUAAUGAGCUGGAAAACAGCUACUCUUAUAUCUGUUCUUUGUGUGGGAGCUGCUAUUGUUGGUGUGGUUCUAGGGGUCGUAUAUUGGCCUAAAACGUCAUUCGGUGAGAGAGGCGACUUCUCCGCUGUAGUAAAUAAGAAAGAAAGUGCUAUUGAGAGUGCGGGCGACAGAUCUUUAGCUCAUUCAGCGCAGAUGUAUCAUUAUCAACAGCAGAAACAGCAAAUGCUCGCUAUGGACCAAGCUACUGGCAGGGUUCGAAGUCUUAGCAGUAAUUCAGAUAGUGAAGGCGAAUGUGAGGAACCCGUUGUCAAUGUAUAUGAAUGUCCCGGCCUAGCAACAGUAAGCGAAAAGGAAGUAAAGAAUCCUCUGUACGAUGAUGGCCAAGGCGAAAGCAGUGGAGUAUCCUCCACAAAGGAUUCAAAGUAG